UUAGCCAUGCGCAUCAAGAGCGCGUGAUUCACAGUUCCUCAAUAUCUUCUCAAAAUCACAGGCUCUGAUAAUUUCUUUUCUACAGAAGAGAGAGAGAGAGAGAAGCAGAUCUUGUCAUCACGAUCCUUGCAAGAAGAGAGAGAAUGUCUGGAAUGGUUGAUGCGAGCUCGUGGGGCGCGGCGUUGGUAAGGAUCUCGCCGUACACUUUCUCCGCAAUCGGAAUCGCCAUCUCGAUCGGCGUCUCCGUCCUCGGUGCCGCCUGGGGGAUUUACAUAACGGGAAGUAGUUUGAUCGGUGCGGCCAUUGAAGCUCCUCGUAUCACUUCCAAGAAUCUCAUCAGUGUAAUCUUUUGUGAAGCUGUUGCUAUAUAUGGCGUUAUUGUUGCCAUCAUUCUGCAAACGAAGUUGGAGAGUGUCCCGUCUUCAAAGAUGUAUGACGCUGAGUCUCUCAGAGCUGGAUAUGCAAUUUUCGCAUCUGGAAUCAUAGUUGGAUUCGCCAACCUCGUAUGUGGGUAUGUAUCUUUAAUUUCUAAUUCUCCUUCCUUACAGUUUUGUUUUCUUGGACCCCCAUCGUCAUGUAUGACGUUUUUCUCUUGCAGGUUAUGUGUAGGGAUCAUUGGAAGCAGUUGCGCAUUAUCUGAUGCUCAAAACUCAACACUCUUUGUGAAGAUUCUUGUGAUUGAGAUCUUCGGAAGCGCUCUGGGGUUGUUUGGAGUUAUCGUGGGGAUCAUUAUGUCCGCACAAGCAACAUGGCCGACCAAAUAGAUAUUACCGGUCUGAAACUGUUGUGAUAUCUGGAAAGAACAUGGCUUCUUGAUUAUCUUUGUUGUUAUAUGGAUACUCUCAUGUCUAGAAGUAAAACCUGUGAGAACCCGAGAACCACUUUUGGAUCCCUGAUUUUUUUUUGUAUUUAUUUAAAACUUUGGAAUAAGUCACACGUUGAAGAACGUCUUCUUCAUGUUUGUAUUCACGUUGGUCGUUCUCUAUUUAUCAAAAACAGAGUUUGUA